UAAACUUUUAAACUCAUAUCUAUUGCCGCCAAUUUUCCCAAUCUAUGAGACCGCAAAACUUGCUCCACCGCCCAUUAACCACCCAAAAGUGCACCCUUGGCUGCCCGAUCCUCGACCGCUGCGUCGGCGGCGGCAUUCCCUGCAACUCCAUUACUGAGCUGGUGGCCGAGAGCGCCUCCGGCAAGACCCAAUUCUGCCUCCAACUCUCCCUCUACGCUCAACUCCCUACCUCCCACGGCGGUCUCUCCGCCUCGUCUCUCUACCUCCACACAGAAUUCCCUUUCCCCCUUCGCCGGCUCCGCCAACUCAGCGCCACUUUUCGCAAUUCCAAUUCGGCCCUUCUAGCUAAUAAUGAUCAUAACCCCUGUGAUCACAUAUUUGUUCAGAGUGUACAUUCUGUGGACCAACUACUCGAUGAAAUGCCCAAGAUAGAAUCUUUUAUUAAAAAUUCAAAGUCUCGACUGCCUAUCAGGCUCAUUGUGAUUGAUUCUAUUGCGGCUUUGUUUCGAUCCGACUUUGAGAACACCCCAGGUGAUCUUAAAAAGAGGUCGUCUUUGUUUUUCAAGAUAUCAGGGAAGUUAAAGGCGAUGGCGGUGGGGUUUGGUUUGGCGGUUUUGGUGACCAAUCAGGUGGUUGAUUUGAUUGAGCCCAAUGAAGGAAUAAAUGGGUUGAGGAUAGGGAAUUUGGGUUGUUUGUAUUCUUCAGGAAGGCGGGUUUGUCCUGCUUUGGGGUUAGCUUGGGCUAAUUGUGUGAAUUCAAGGUUGUUUUUGUUGAGGAAUGAAGAGUUUGUUAGUGAAGAGAAUGGGACAGUGAAUGGUGGUGGGGAAGAUUUUGUGUGUAGGAGGGCAAGAAGGCGGCUUUGUGUUGUUUUUGCGCCUCAUUUGCCUGAUUCAUCUUGUGAGUUUGAGAUCACAAGAGAAGGGGUUUUUGGAGUUGAGCGAUAAGGGUUUGUGUUUUUGCACAAAUAUUGUCAUUUGAAGGAAUUCAGAUAGAGAUGGAGCAGCUUGGAUGUGCAUAUCAGAACCUUUUUCAGAAGCUUCCCAAGCAUAUUGAGUUUCUUCAACUCCAAUGCUUGCCCCUUCAUUCUAUAUUUAUUAUCUCCUCCAUAGAUCAACAUUAGGCAGCGGAUCUUCACGCAUAGACCGACUCUUCUUCGGAUCAUGAUAAACCGAAUCUACAUCAAGAGUCAGCAUGUCGGUACUUCACUGUAUCCUUCCGAAUACGGAAAUUCCUCACCAUUCCUGACUUCCUAUACUUCCGCCAUUAGUAGUACAACGAACACACUUCAUAUGCUUGCUCUCAUUGACCUUCAGAUCAGCAUCUUCAUCAUCCUCCUUUCCAUUCUUCAAACAGUUUAUCGCAUCUAAUUUUUGAAGCUGCUGGUCUUUAGGGUACUUCCCUCUAGCCUCAUCCCUAGCUUUGUAUAGCUGAACAACACGAGUGUAGAUCGCUGAGGUCUCGUUUGACAUUGUAAUCAAGCUCAAAAUGCUCAAUGUAAUCAUCAGCUGCAAUGUUCAUGUUUGUGAAUUUUGCUUCUUUUUCUCUCGGCCUCUUAAAGCACAACUUAGUAGUAUGUGUAAUUGCACCACAUUUUUCACAAGCGCCCUUCCUGUACUUGGGAGCUUGAAAUUUUUUUACACCUUUGUGAUACAAUGAUUUAGAUCGAGUGUAUUUUGGUUGCUGUUUCUUUUGGUGAUUCAAGGUG